UUCUUGUACCGCUAGCCAAUCAAAUGUACCGUUACAUACACAACCAACACACGCCAUUUUGUUCGUCGAUUUUGCGAAUUUUCACGUGCUCAAGAACUGUGUUUUCAAUAGAGAGAUGUCUCUAUCGAGAAGAGAGUAUGAUGAUCUGAAGUCUGUCUUGGACAAGACUGUGCACAAGUUCCUGGGUUUCAGUGAGCCCACGUUGGUUUCGGCUGCUCUGGACUGUAUCGACCGAGGAUAUGACAGGAAGAAGACUGUCGACAAGCUGACGGCCAUGCUGGACACCGGUCAAGCCAGCAAGUUUGUGGACAAAGUGUUCAGUGUCUGGGAAGAGUACAGGUCCAGCACCAAACAUGGCCGCACCAAGAAGAGAAAGGAUGAUGAGAAGGAGGAAGGCACAGAGCGAGUAAAGAAGCGGCGGUUCGCUGAUGACACAGCAAGUGUGAUUCCUGGCCCAGGUCAACCAAGUCCCGGACAGCUGACGGCAGAUAAAAUCAAAGACAUGAUGAUGAAUGCCCAGAAGAUGAUUCAAGAGAGGAAGGCACAGAUCCAGGCCACCAUGCCCCCAAGCAACCCUGCCCUGGGUACAGCAGGACUCAUGACUGAUGCCAUGGACAAGGCGAGACGGGCCGCGGAGCUACAGGCCCAGAUACAGGCCCGACUCACCGGGCUCAGUCAGUCCGUCCCCGGCCUGAAGCAGAUUGCAUUGUCAGGCCCCACCCCCCUGAUCCUGAAUGAGGAGGGUCAGACGAUUGAUGCUAACACCGGCAUGGCAGUUCAGCUGCAGUUACACACUCCCACACUCAAGGCCAACAUCCGAGCCAAGCGGCGGGAGCAGUUCAAGGGCCUGAUAGACAAGCCGCCGGAGGAGAUCAGUGACAGCAAGUUCUUCGACCCCCGAGUCGGUGCUAAGGGUGCCACGAGACAGAAGCGAUCCUUCAAGUUCCAUGACAAGGGCAAAUUCGAGUCACUGGCCCAGAGGCUCAGAACAAAGGCCCAGCUCGACCGGCUGCAGAAUGAGAUCGCUUCAGCUGCCAAGAAGACGGGUAUAGCCUCCGCUGCCAAACUGGCAACAAUAGUGCCGAAGAAGGAGAUAAAAGAGGGAGACACGCCGGACAUUGAGUGGUGGGACUACUUCAUCACCAUUAAGGAAUCAUAUGAGGAACUGCCUUCAGACAAGGUAUCAAGACGAGCCAUGUUACAGGGUAUCACCAUGCUAGUUGAACAUCCAGCUCAACUCAGGCCACCUGCUGAGCCCACGAAAGAGAUCAGCAUCCCUGUGUAUCUCACCAAGAAGGAGAGGAAGAAACUGAGGAGGCAGAACAGGCAGGAGGCGGAGAAGGAGCUCCAGGAGAAGAUCCGUCUCGGGCUCCAGCCGCCACCGGAACCUAAAGUGCGGAUGGCCAACCUGAUGCGAGUGCUGGGUACGGAGGCGGUGCAGGACCCCACCAAGAUAGAGGCUCACGUCAGGGCACAGAUGGCCAAGAGGCAGAAAGCUCACGAGGAGGCCAACGCAGCUCGGAAGUUGACGACGGAACAGAGGCGGGAAAAGAAGAUGAAGAAAAUCAAGGAAGACACAACACUAGGAGUGAACGUCAAUGUGUAUAGAGUUCGUGAUCUCAACAACCCAGCUCGGAAGUUCAAGAUAGAAGCUAACGCCAAUCAGUUGUUCAUGACAGGGUUUGUCGUGAUGUACAAGGACUGCAAUGUGAUAGUCGUGGAGGGAGGUCCGAAGCAGCAGCGAAAGUUCCGGCGCUUGAUGAUGCAGAGGAUCAAAUGGGCUGAGGACACCAAGAAGAAGAAGGAUGACGAUGACAGUGACUCGGAGGAAGAGGAGGAGAAGUACAACAAAUGUGUGCUGGUGUGGGAGGGUAUGACAAAAGCAAGAGCCUUCUCUGAAAUGAAGUUCAAGCUGUGUCCAACAGAAUCCUUCGCUCGUGAACAAUUCAGGAAGUGUGGUGUGGAACACUACUGGGACUUGGCCUUCAGUGGUGCUGUGUUAGAGACAGCGGGGGAGGAGGUAUGAUGACCGGGGAAGACACUACUGGGACGCGACAGUCGGUUGCACCGUCUUGAAGAAGGCAAGGAUGAUGUGUGAUGCUUGGAUGGGAGAGACAGGAGGAGGCACAUGGUUAUUGCCUUGAAUGGAAACUUCCCAUGGAGGAGAAGACGGAGACGUGGGAAGGCAAGGGAAUGAGCAGGAGGAAGGUCAUGUGAAGAAUAUGGACACUCACUUCAUUCCUCAAUGGAUAAUAGCUAUGGAGUGUGAAUGCUGACUAGAUGUGGUGAAAUAACAGAUAACGUAUACUGAAGCUGACAUGUUUAACGCCCAAUCUCCUAUUGAAGACAUGCCUUUCAGAUACUUUUAUCAGGAGUUUAUCAAGGCUCAUGUCAUGUCCAAGGUGGCCCUCUGUGGUCCACAUCUACGGUUAGGGACGUACUUGACGUCACAGCCUGGUGACCUGGGGCCUACUGGAUCCGUGUGUUAAUCAUUAAAGGCGAUUUCCUUGUUUGAAACAAAACUUGCUGAUUUGGUGAAGAUAAUCAGAAAAUGACAGUCUGCAGUUUGAUUGUGAAUUUACAGUGAAUAUAGAAGUGCCAGUUUAACCAGGGUUUUACCGUAUUCACAAAGGGUCCUAUCAGGCAGUAUGAGGGCCCUGUAAAUUAAUGAAAUGGUGUAGUGUAGUGUACGUUUAGACAGCAAAAGACAGGGGUUGGUUUAUGUCCCAGGUCACUCACACCAGAAUGUCAGAAUAACUUGUCAUACUUGUGAACGCUGUGGAGCAAGAUCUACAUGGUCUGGUAAGACGGGAGUUGGUUUAUUGUCGAUAUGUCCCAGAUCACUCACUCUAGAAUGUCAGAAUAACUUGUCAUACUUGUGAGCGCUGUGGAGCAAGAUCUACAUGGUCUGGGAAGACGGGAGUUGGUUUAUUGUGAAUCAUGUCCCAGGUCACUCACUCCAGAAUGUCAGAAUAACUUGUCAUACUUGUGAACGCUGUGGAGCAAGAUCUACAUGGUCUGGUAAGACGGGAGUUGGUUUAUUGUUAAACAUGUCCCAAGUCACGCACUCAUGUCUGUGCAAUGUCUGUGCAAUGUCAGACUAGGAAGCCCUGCAAGGUUAUUUAGUAGGGUGAGGUGAGGUGAGGUGAAAUGGGGUUUAAUGUCGCGUCCAAGAUAAUUGCACUUAUAUAGCGAUGUGCAUGCACGUGUGUGUGUGUGUGGCUGCUUGUACUAGACUGGACUGAUGCCG